AUGAACAAUCUAGCACACAAUUUCGCGUAUAAAUUUGACAAGAGCAAAGGCUAUUCGAACAGCCUCCAUCCGUUUCUUAUGAUUUCGAACAACAGGAGUGAUCAGAUUGCAAAAGAUAAAAUCACUAGCGCAACGAAUGCUCCACAGCACUUUCGUGAUUCAGCGGCCGUCAUUGAAGUUCGAAUCGCAGCCAAUGGCUUCUUGAGUAUUCUCAGCUAUAUCCCAUUGCUCUGCAUUCGGCCGUCCUCAGAGCUCUUAGACGAAGUGCAGCCUGAUACACAAAGAAUUAAACAACAUUGCUUUUCAUUAGCGAGUAUUGGAACGCUCUGGUGGACGAGAUAUUGUUUUCCCUGGCAGAUUGGUUCAGGUGAAGGGUAUGACAGCGGCGGUGGAGUUCCUUCAGAGACCCAAUUCAAUGAAAAACAAUUUUUUUAG